AUGAGCCAAGCGUUGGUGGCGCUUGCGCUGCUGGUGACGGCGAGCGCGGCGCACGCGCAGCUUCGGCCAGCUGACGCGCCACCGCCUCUCAACGACACACGAUGUGGAUCCGAGUGCGUGCGAUGUGCUGCUGAUGGAUGCAUCAAAUGCGCCAGACUUCUUAUCUGGCCAGCAGGCACCUGUGCCAGCGAAUGUCCGCCAGGAACACGAGAAUCCUGGGCGUAUGACGACCAGCUCAUGGGCAGAGUCUGCUACCCAGGCCAUGCAUAUAAUGAAAUUCUCAUUGGAGGAGCAUGUGGCGUAGCGGUGUGCAUAAUUCUAGUCGCCGCGGGUGCUGCGUACGCUCGUUGUAGAAAACCACGUGCGCGCGCGCACCCAUUACCCCAACCCAAUCACGAUGACGACGCGCAACUCAGAGAGUUUCACAAGCAGCUCGACUGUUUACGACCUCACGCGUAUACUCUACUAGCUAUAUUGAACCACACAAGGCACCAAGUCAGAGAGCUUUAUCAACUCGGAAACAACGACGCAGCUAUGGCAUAUAGUUGUGUCUUGACUGACCUAGCAAAGCUUCUUAUCCUGCUGAACAAACAGCAGGUUCCCGUUGUGCCUGAAGAAUGGCCGCACCUGGCAAGUUGGGCUGAUCGAAUACUUAAACGGUACAGCCGCCUCGGAAUCGGUCAGCCCAGUCAGCAACAAGCCCAACUCGUGAACUUUCUUCCUUCCCCACCGAGCCAACGAUCAGACGAUACAACGCAAUCUUUCUCUACUUUCAAACCGCCCUCGUAUUCCCCGACCUCAUACAGUAGCCAUAUUCUCGACAAGGAUAUACAGUGCGAAUGGGGCGACACAGGUAGACCACCAAGUUACUCCCAGAUUGAAACUGAGUCUAUCGUUCUAUCUGAUCCCUGGGAGAGGCGACCAAUUGUAAGGAGGGAAAGCGUAUGGCUUGAAGACGAACUCUUUGAAAUGACGAGGCGGCCUCAAGACGAACUUACCACAGAAUUAUAG